AUGAGUCAAAUAAGCAAAUCAGCGCCUCUUUUAGCCAGAAAAAGAGAUAGCAAGGGCGAAGAUCAGAAUGAAGAAGAAGGAACCAAGUCCUCUGGGAAUAAAUGGAGCAUUUUGUUCCUACUUGCUGUUUCUCUUGCAAGGGUUGCCAUGGGGAUUUUCAACUCGAUAACUGGACCUACUCUUCCCGUUCUAGCGCAGCAUGUCUGUAAAUCACCAACCACCGUCAGUUGGAUAUUCUCCGGCCGAUCCGUUGGAUUCCUCAUCGGCUCAGGGCAGGGCUCCUUUGUGAUAAGAGCUUAUCACUAG